GCUAGGGGAAAGUCUCCUAGACGCAAAUUCGGCGGCCAGAACACCGCAUUCUCGGUUUAUGUUGUAUGUGUAAGUAUCUGCCAACAGCUGCCCCGAAAGCGCGAAGGAUUUCUGGGAAUAAUUCAAAUUACAUCAUGGUUUCUGUCAAUUACUUGUCAAGUCAUCGGAAAGGACUCAAGAGCCUUAUCGAACAGAGGCGCAAAAGGACAAGACAAUUGGUGCAUGCAAAAUCCGGGCGGCAUCAAAAUUCGAUUUUCAGGACAUUGAGAAUAUAGACUAGCGGAAAGUGCUGCACGAGACGCGUCCUGAGAAGCGCGGAUUAUCCACUUCCAAUAAACGAAUUCGUACCUACGGCCGAGAGUUGCGUCGCCCCAGCGCCAUUCCAACAGCUACCCAAGUAGGCAGACAAUUCCAAUGAGCCAACAAUAUCCAACUAGGAACCACAAAAGAGCGCAAGAGGGCAAGAGUAUAUCGAGACCACCCCACCGCCGCGGACCUCGGAGAGUCGCCGCCCGCGGCGAUAGUUUUGAAGGGAAGAGGCGGCCAAGCGUUGCUGUAGGAGGCCGGGAACGGAGGGAUACCCACAGAGGACACGGGUAACCCUCAGCAAGCCACUUAUAGUGGAGCCUUCCGCCAACAGGCUGACGAGCCUCUCUUUAAGCUCUGCAACUCUCUUCACGUGGCGGUGUAGAGGAAGCAAAGGGCUGAGAAGAAUCCCCAGCCUGUUGGCUG